UGAGUACUCCAUUUGAUUAUAAUCAUUAGUACCGACACUUUCGGCCCAAAAUUUAAAAUUUUAAAACAGUUCGAACAAGAUGAUGCGAUUGCUGAAUCGACUCAGUAUGGCAAAUCCCACGGCCAACAGGUGGCGCCAGAAGCCCUUCACCACGAAGCCCGCCAAAUCCUCAUUCUCCAAGUUGAUGAAGCCCAUGAAGGAGUUUAAUCGAAAUCGGAUUCCCAAGAUCAGCGUGGUUGGGGCAGGACAGGUGGGCACGGCGAUCAGCGCGAUGCUUCUGCUCCGUAACCUGACCAAAUACCUGGUCAUCCUGGACAUCAACUACGAGCUGGCAAAAGCGGAGGCCCUAGACUUUCAGCACGGCUCCGCUUUUCUCGGAGACGCUCGUGUGGUGCCCUGCGGCGAUGGAUCCCACUCCAAGGACUCCGAUUUGGUGAUCAUAACGGCGGGAGCCCGGCCAUCCGGCAAGGAUCGUUCCCGGCUGGAAGCAAUGCACAAGACCGUCGAGAUCCUUAAGGAGGCGGUGCCCAAAUUGGUGGAGCUGAGCCCCAAAGCGACCUUCAUAGUCAUCUCGAAUCCCGCUGAUGUGAUGACCUAUGCAGUCCAACGGAUCGGAAAGCUACCCAAGCAUCGUUGCUUCACGACCGGCUGUCAUCUGGACUCGGUGCGGUUCCGCAACCUCAUUGCCAGACGCCUCCAGGUGCCCGCAUCUCAGGUUCAGGGCUACAUGAUCGGGGAGCAUGGCACCAGUGCGGUGCCUGUGUGGUCCUGCGUCUCUGUUGGCGGCAUCCGGCUGAACGACGUUGUCCAGGACCUGGCCUGCGGCGACGAUCCGGAAAAUUGGUGUGAGAUCAUCAAGCAGGUCACCACAUCCGGUAUCGCAGUGGGCAAAGCCAAAGGCUACACCAACUGGGCCAUAGCCCUCACCUGUGCGGAUGUCGUGGAGGCGAUGUGCGGCGGCAGGGGCAAAAUCGCCUCCGUGGGCACGGACAUGCAGGGUAUACAAGGCAUCAAGGAGAACAUUGUUCUCUCCCUCCCCUGUUUGGUCCAAUCGGGUGGCAUUAGUCAUGUGUUCGAGCUUCCCCUCACGGCUGUGGAGCAAGGCAAGUUCGAGGCCUCUGCCAAGGUCCUUCUGGAGGCCCAGUGCUCUCUAAGGUUUUGAAUCAGUACAUACAACAUGUAUGUAUAAGCCUACAUAUAAUCGUGGUGACUCACCGGACCCCGGCGUCGCAAAAACGUAGAGAAGCACGCGGGGAAACCCGCACCCAAUCUCAAGGGAAAAGCAAAAUGUGGAGGAAAGCGAGAGAGUGAAUAGGCAGCCCUUUCCAUCUUUUGCUAGAGGGAGCGGGACGAGAAUUAUGUAUUGUUGACCAACUGUGUGUAAAAGCGAUUCAAAAUUACUUUUCGGCGAUUCUGCGUGCCUGCUAAUAGACAUCUAAGAUUUUGCUAUUUUCCAAAAA